AGUGACAUAGUGCAAAAUCAAGUGACAGUGCAAGAUCCCUCCCGCCGCCUGAGUGAUAUGUUAAAAAAUAGAUCCUAUUACGUGCCUCUAUAUAAAUUCAUCAAAAAUACAGUGGGGAAAUUAUAAUAAACCGAAUAAAAAUACUCAAGACUUGGCCUAAAGGUCUAGACGCCAGGCCAUAAACUCCAAAAAAAAAAUUCUAUUAAACUCAAUGUCAACUCAAAAUUUCAAAAUUCUAAUCAAAUGUUGCUAUAAAAGGUAAAAGGAAUAUGAAAAUAUCAUAUUGUUUUAUUUUAAUGUUGGUUUGGUGUAAUAAUUUAGUGAAUAUUUUCUUGUUUUGCUAAGUAAAAGACUGCGUCAGGAAAAAUCAAAGAGUUCAGUGCAAUAGCAAAAUAUAUCGGUGUCAGUGAAACUUGAUUAUAUUGUCAGAGAAUAUCAACUGUAUUAGUAAAUUCUUGUGAAUAUAUUUAUUCUCUUUGAGUAGUAAUUGAUAAUAUAUGACAGCAGGGUCAUAAAGUGAUCGAUAUUAUGUCUAAUACGCGUGACAAGAAAGAAGAAAGCAAUGACCUAAAAAAUAAUUCACUUCAGAUAGCCUUGCCCACCGUCCUUUGUAACGACGAGUCGACUCCCGACAAACCAAAUGUUUCUAAAACGAUCUCGUUGCAAUCUUCGGAAUCAAAAUUAUCUCUUCCUUCAAACUUAGGUACACCCACAUCUCCAUUACGAUUAUCGUCUCCGUUGUCCUUACCUACAUCUCCUAUACCUUUCGUAAAAACUUCACUUCAAGUGGGCUCUAAUAAAUCAUUGGCCAAUCCACGACUUUCAUCAUCGCCAGUGAAACCUACUCAGCAAAGUACAAAUAUGAACAGUGGUUCUGCUACGGGUAAUCCACGAAACAAAUGCGCUCUUCAACCUGGUCAUAGUCUAAUGGAUUGGAUACGACUAGGCAACUCCGGAAAAGACUUAACUGGAGUUGGCGGACGAAUAAGACCAGUACACCCAUCCGAACUUGCAACACACAAUAAAAAAAAUGACGCCUGGUUAGCUAUUCGUGGUCGAGUUUAUAACAUUACGCAUUAUUUACCAUAUCAUCCUGGAGGCCCAGAAGAACUUAUGCGUGGAGCUGGUAUCGACGCAACAGACCUUUUCGAUAAAGUACAUCCGUGGGUAAAUUAUGACUCCCUCCUGGCCAAAUGUCUCGUAGGUCCUCUUCGUUUUGAUAGACCUGAUGCGGAAGAGCUUAUUAGUACAUUUAAUUCGUCUACUAAAUCAGAACGUCUACGAGAGCCGUCUAAAGCUCACGAGCUUGUAAGGAAAUCAAUGGAAAACUUAGCAAAUUGUAUAACUCCUGUUAGAAAGAAAAUGUCUAAUAAAAAUGAAGAAAAUGCAAAAGGGAGUCCACCAAGUAAAAUUAUGCAAAGUCUUAUACACUCAAGUGAAUUGCCAGUGUCAAUAAGUCGAAAAGCGGGCUCAAGUACUCUGAGAACCGAUAAAGACAAUGGUAAUACACCACCGUCUCUUCGCUUUGAUUGGAUACAAACUUCCACAAAACUAACGAUUUCAGUAUACACUGGAUAUUUAGCCAAUCCAGGCGGCUGUGCAAGGAUUACUGAAGGAGAUCUUAUCAUUGAAGUAGUAACUAACGGUUGGUUAAGAACGAUAAAGUUAGUGCCUGAGGAUGCGUUACAAGAACCGUUACAAUUACGAGUAUUUGCUGAAAGCGGGAAGAUAGAAGUUAUAGCUCAAAAAGCAGAAUUGAAAAUUUGGAAAAGUUGUGGCGAUACAAAUUUAAGUACAGCUUCUAAAAUGACAGCUCCUCGCACAUUAGAAUGUCGAGUUGAAAGUAUCAGUUCAGUAACGCAAGAUACAAUGUUAUUGGCGUUAGCUCCGCGUUCUGGUACUGUCGCCGUUCCAUUAGGACAUCACGUACGAGUACAUAAAACGCUUUCAGGUUCCGAAUGUAUACGAUCUUAUACUCCUGUUGGCGAUAACUGGGGCUCUUCUAGUGAUGUAUCAGCACCAAUUAGACUUGCUAUAAAAAGAUACGAAUCUGGAGCUUUAUCACCUACGCUCACAUCUUUGAAAAUUGGGGAUCCCAUCACUGUGUCAGGGCCCUACGGCAAUUUUGAACUUCAUAAGUUAAAAACAGUAACAACGAUGUUUUUGAUAGCAGCUGGUACUGGAAUUACACCGAUGUUGGGCUUAUUGAAAUUUAUGCUUUCGAGAUCUAAUCCUCGAUGUGAACGUGUUACUUUGCUUUUCUUUAACAAAACUGAAGACGAUAUUUUGUUUCGAGCAAAUUUCGAAGAGAUGAUGAAUCAAGAUGAUAGACUUAACGUCGUGCACAUUCUAUCAAACGCAAAUUCUACAUGGGUCGGGCACAAGGGACGAAUUAGUAAAGAGCUUCUAUCCGAAAUACUUGGCGAAGCAACUUUUAGGUCUGGUGAUGAGUGUUCACAUUUUGCUUGUCUGUGCGGUCCUACAGAGUUUACACAUGCUGGCAUCGAUUUGUUGAAAAACCUGGGUAUGAAGGAAAUGUAUAUACAUGCUUUUAUAGGGUAAAAGUGUUAUUUAAUACUUCAUUGUGGUACAAGUAAUAGGAAAAGUGUGACAUUUUAUUAUUAAUUAAAUAAAUUAAGAAUGUACUUAUAUAGGUAAUGUGUAUAGUAAUUUCUAUAGUUAUUUAAAUCGAUUUAUUGUGAUUUCGUCCCAAGAGUGAGAAAUAGUUGCAAACACAGUUGUAAAUAGCGUAAUAUUUAUAUGUAACCUAACCACAUCGACAAGUACGGGAUACUUGUUGCCGAAAAUCUAAUGCUUGCCAUCGGCAGAUUUAGAAGGAAAGUGUGAUAAACUAGCGUCUAGAAUGUACAUAGAUUAAUAGUACACAAAUACACAAAUUAAGAAAUUAAGUUCAAAUAUAUAAAUAAUGAUUUGCCGUAAAAUGCAGUUUUUAAAAAUACAGUAAAUAAGGCUUCUACUUUUAUUUGAAAUUAUACCUCAAUUGAAUGUGAUUUAUGGGAAACAACUAUGCGUACGCGCACUGCUUAUGAUGUGUGCGACUCAAUUCACAAUGUUUUUGCCGACCGAUCGACCCUUACGAAUGUGUGCGUUCGUAGUAAAAUAGUAGGCGUUAGAUAUUUAUGGAUGACAAUCAGUUAAAAUAAUGCAAUACCACGCAUUUUGAAUUUAAAAUAAAAACGACAAUAUGUUCGAGACUUUUUUUUCAUUCAUUUUUAAUAUUUAUAAAUUUGGCCGGUCAUUGCAAAAUAACUCUGUAUAAAAGAAAAAAGGGUAUUUAAAUUUGGUGCCGUCUCCAUAUUAAUUUUAGUUAGUACCUCUUGUAAUAAUGUUUAUUUUAUAUAAAAAAUAUAGAAUAAUAUAUGACAGAACUCUAAGUUUUUGACUAAGUAUAUUAUAUUAAAUUUAUAAGUUUUUAAAGUAGUAUUGCAAUAAGUGUAAUUAAAGUUACCUUGUUAUAGUUUCAGGAAGGUUAAUUUUUCUGUAACUACUUAAAAUAUUGUACAAGUUUAUUGUGUUAUUGUAGAAUAUUGUUGUUUUUUUAUUUGUUAUAAACGUUUUACAGAAAAAAAAAGUAAAGUAAAAAGAAAAUUGUAAUUUUUAGGCCACACUCAAAGUCGCCGCUUUCGUCAGUUGCCGAGUUUUCUUUUUUUUUUAUUUCAGUCGAUGAGAUUCCGUUUUCAGUUUUACUCAGGCUUAGGCAGGCAAACUUCAUCAGCCAAGCUACCGAUACGCUAUAAGUGCAGAAAUUGAUGAUAUAUUUAUUAUAAAUGACUAUUAUACGUUAUUUUUUAGCAAUAAGUAGUCAGGAAAGUGCCAUUCCGUAAAACGCGAUCCACCGACUAAUGUCAGCCGUUUGUGUUAGCAAUAUGCUCACUCCGCUCAAUAUUAUGUUUUAUCCUUUAUCUGACGUACCACAUGUAACAGGCAAAAUACGUAUUGGAACGGCACGGGGGGUCGAUCAUACUUGCUCCCAUUUUAACAUAUUUGUAGGAAGUUUUUCUUAAAGUACGCAAUCAUAUGUUAUUGACUUAUUGAUUGAAUUAUUUGACCGAUUAGUCUAUCGUCUGCGCUGUUAUGCCUUAUUAGUUUUUAAAUACAUUCUAUAAAUAAAAUCGAUAUAUUUAUUAAGAUGUGGCGUUUCAAAGUUUUUAGUAUUCUAUUGAUUUCUGUAAAAUUUAUAUUGUUAUGUGAAAACGACAUGUAAAUAUUAAAGUGCCUACAUUCCAGGUGAAGUUAUUGUUUUAUGUAUACAACGUUUUUGUUAAAUAACUAUGAAUUUAAUAACAUAAUUAUAAUU